AGCUUAGGACAUCCGACCCCCAGCAUUUAGAUGUCCGAGAUUCCGGUUCGUUUUGGGAUUCCGCUCCUAGUAGAGCGGACGAGGACGAUACACCCCGUAGGGAACGGGGAAUCGUAUGUUAGGUAUCAUUCUAUUGUUUGGGUGGAGGUGGGGGCGACGCAUUACCAGACCCACGAGUACGUGGCAUGGUGCUUCAGGGACGGCUUCGGAGAGUAUGGUCCUCUCCGGACUUUUGAUGUCCCGUUCACCGGGAUGGGCACGAGAUAUCCCCGAUGCCCCGAUGGUGAGGUGACGGACCCUGGUUCCUCAUCUGAGGAAGGUAUAAGUUCCGACGGAGUUCCAGUAGAGUACGAGAUGGAUGAGUUCGAGUCGGUGGAUAUGGACGUGGAUGACGGAGAGCCGGAGCCGAUCGAGGAGGAUCCUGUUCUGGAGGCCGAGCCGGAAGAUAUGGUCUCAGAGGAGGAGGCUGCUGAGGUCGAGUCAGAGUCGAACUCAUCAGGGUCCGAGGAGGAGAUGCCUGACAGCUCUUCAUCCUCGGAGUCUUCUGAUUCCGACCCAAACUGGGCACCGUAGGGCUUAGUGUCCGCCUUAGAUGGGGUAGGGCUAGUACCUUUUUGACCAGCGCCCCACCAUUAGUAGUAGACUGACCCCCGAGCCACUUACCCCCUUUUUGUCAGUAGUGGCCUUGACCCGCUUUUGAUUUUUGAUGAUCGGGUUGUAUAUGAAUAUUGUAUAUGAUUUCCAGUAUUAGUGCAA